CGCCGCGACGCCAUUUGCUGCGGCCGAGCGUGGGCGCAGGCGGAUUUCGGAACUCGGUCGUGAGAGUCCCGCGCACGCGGCCCGUCCUCCCGCCUCUGCUUGGUUCCGCGCGGUCCCACGCGUCGGCCUUCACGCCCCUCGGAGGAGUCGCUGCCGCCGCCGCCACCCGGACAGCAGUCGGAGACGCCGCGAGGCCGCACUCACCGCCAUGCCUAAGAAUAAAGGUAAAGGAGGUAAAAAUAGACGCAGAGGUAAGAAUGAAAAUGAAUCUGAAAAAAGAGAGCUGGUGUUCAAAGAAGAUGGACAAGAGUAUGCUCAAGUAAUCAAAAUGUUGGGAAAUGGACGAUUAGAAGCGAUGUGUUUUGAUGGUGUAAAGAGGUUAUGUCACAUCAGAGGGAAAUUGAGAAAAAAGGUUUGGAUAAAUACCUCAGACAUCAUAUUGGUCGGUCUCCGAGACUACCAGGAUAAUAAAGCUGAUGUAAUUUUAAAAUACAAUGCAGAUGAAGCUAGAAGUCUGAAGGCAUAUGGCGAGCUUCCAGAACAUGCUAAAAUCAAUGAAACUGAUACAUUUGGUCCUGGAGAUGACGACGAAAUCCAGUUUGAUGACAUUGGAGAUGAUGAUGAAGACAUCGAUGACAUCUAAGUUGAACUCGACAUUUUACAUUCCAGUUUCUCUGAGGAUUGUUCAACAAUUUGGAUUUUGGCUGUGAUCUGUUGAAGAUUAAAAUUUCAUUAGCAUGAGUGCAAUUUGUUAAAGCAGACUGAUUUGUUUCUAAGGUAUUUCUUUAAAAACUGGUAAUGCUGAAUUCUCUUAAGUAAAGUGUUAAGCCCACUUUGUUCUUUUAAUGUAAUGGAGUUUAUGGGUAAAAGACCACAUCUGCUGUUUUAAAAAAGAGAAAAAAAUGCAUUACUGCCUUUCCUACUUUGACCACUUCCAGUAAGUAAAUAUAUGUUUUGAAUAAACCAUUUUGCCCUACACUCGUUAUGAGUUAUGAUUAAGCCCUAGUUUUGACUAGCCUGUUGUCUGUACAGUGACUUUCUGUGUAUUCCAGUUACCUAGAUGUUCCCUUGAGAUUUUGAUACAAUUUAAGAAAGGCAGAAAUCUGCAUUUGAAGUAAAAAAUGAUUAGGUCUGUUUUUCAUAUUCAAGUAGCAUGUGGCUAUUUUUAUACUAAUUUUGAUAUCAUAUACAUUCUUUUCAUCAUCUUUUUGCCACUAUAAACAUAUCAACAAAAAAGCAUUUCCAAAAUGCAGUUUUUAGAACCUGGGUUUUAAUAGCAAUUUUGAAUUUGUAUGGUUAGUAGUUGCAGAAAUUGAACACUAGGUGGCACCCAAUUAUCUUAACAUUGGAAAUAUUGUCAACUUUUUUUUUUUUACUUUGCAAAGGAAAUUUCCCAAACAAGAAAAGAUUGUUUUGACCAUAUGCAUGUAUGUAGAAUAUUUUUACAGAAAAAGAUUGUCAUUUUAUUUCAGAAGUCAUAAUACAUGUAAGCUACAAUUUUAAGUGCUUUAUAAAUGCUUAAAUUAUAUAUAAAUGAAAAUUUAAUUUCAUGACAACUUGUACAAAUUGAGCCUUUUCAAACUCUCCCUAAGCUGGGGAAAGAGGAGGGAAUAACAACUUAAUGAAAAGAUGGUCUCCAGUUUCUGAAUGCAAGAGCUACAGCUGAGAAAUAUAAUAAAGACAAUGUCAUGCUGCAGAGUAUAUUAUACCCUUACUUUGUGUUUAGGAUGUAUUUUAUUGUUUGUACAGAUUUUUUUGCUUGUAUUCUAUUGGAAAUUUAGAGUUACUCUUCCUUAUUUAGUUUUUCAUUAUCACCUCUAGCAAGAUGAAAUUAAGGGUUGAGCUAGUUAGACCUCACUAGCCACAUUAAAAUCAUAUGCAGCUUUAAAAGAAGAGAUCCAUCAUGUAACGUGUGAAGCCUUUAUGCUACUGGUCUCCAGAAAACUUGUCAGUGAUGAAAAGUAAUACAAAGGGGGAUAAACAUUAAUGUGGCUUCAAAAAACAAGCAAAUCUUCUCUAAUCCCACACUUAGUGUAAUUUCCUUUUCUAAGUGUGCACACUGGAGUCAAAAUCUGAGGUACGAUAAAACAUUAAAUCGAGGAAUAGAAAAGUGAGUGGACAGUUGGAGUUCAUGUUUCUUACUCAGUGGAGUUCCGGAACACCUACCUAGGUGGAAGACAUCUGAAACUGUGGGCUGGUUUUUAAUACUUGUAAGAAACCAACCUUGAGGAGUUGAGUUAGUGGUUGUCUUCAUCAGUAUUCUAAAUCUCCUGAGAUGUAGGCUUCUGUACAUAAAAGUGUUUUGCUAAAUUUGUAGUAUAUAUAGAUCCUUCUUUCACGUUAUUUUACCGAGAAACGUUUUAACUCUGCAUCUGUGAGACAACUCAUGGUAGGGGUGGUGCAACUCAAACAUUAGUUUUCUACUUCUCUGACAAAUAUGGUUUGUCUACAGGUUCUGUAAAAAUUACACCUAUGGCCCCAGUUCAUGUGUUUGCUAGUGAUUUUUUUUUCUUGGCCUAGGUAGUAACAGCUCUGUUUACUGUUGUUGCCUCCUGGAAAAUCUCGAAUCAUAAUGAUUAAAAUAGUUAGGGCAAAGUGGUAGCUCAUAUGCAACACUACUUGGAGGAGUUAUUUUACUAACUUGUCUGUAAUGUGGAAAUUGUAUAGUUUCAUUGAUUUGAUUAUAUUUCAAAUGAGGAAUGGAAGUGGUCCUCAAGAAAAGGUUUUUUGUUUUGUUUUAGUUUGGGGUUUUUUUUUUUUUUUCGUUAUUCUCUGAUUCCUAUAAUGCAAUGCUAUAAGGUGUACCCUGAAAAAAAUAAAAUGUUUGAAAUCCAAGAAUAUUGGUUCUUACUGCUAAGAGGGUAUAAUAGUUAUUACUAGUGAAUUUAAUAGGCUUAUAUUUUUCAUGCAGUGUUUCUUCCACUUCCAGUUAGAGUUUAAAUAUGUUGUAUUACUAAGGUGGCUAAAUAACCAAACCAAGCAUUCGUGUAAAAAAAGGCUUGCCAAGAUUUAAUUGUUUGGCUGUUGAAUCUUUCUUGAACAUCCAGCCUCUUAAACAGACCACCUCUUAAGGAGCCUGUAAACUAUGCAUGAUGAAAAUUCUUGUAUUUUGUUAUGGAAUGGCCAUUGGUUUACUCACUACAUCUGUGGAAUCAUGGCUAUAAAUACAAAACUCCUUGUGACUUGUAGUUUAACUUAAUCUCAUUUAUCUUGUGUAAAUAUUAAAUUAUAGGAUGUUGAGUGACAUCUUUAAUAGGUAUAAACUGCUGUCAGUAUUGACUUCAGAGCAACUGAGUAAUCAAAUAGGUAAAAGCAUGUUUCAAAUAAAAUACCUAGCUGGGUUUAUACUUUAUUUGUAUUGUGUACAGAUUUAACAACAUUCAACAUUAACUGUGGCCUGACAGUUCAAGCAUCAGAAUGAAAGUGAGGUUCUUUGUUACUUGGCUCUCAUAAAGAUUGAACAGAUUUGUGUUGGUACGAGACGUUUAGAUCUUCAUCCUGCUUAGUAAGGGGAAGUUUCAUUUACACUGUUCAGGCUCCCAUGAACUUUCACACACCACUUUGUGUUUUUGAUUUACCUUAAGCUACCAUCCUUUUUCUCCUUGCUUUUUUCUUCCUAUUCAGAAAAGAACAACAUCUGAAUUAAGUCUUGCUACAAGUGUGAUAGGCACUAGCCUCUCAGGUGUAGAGUGAACCAAGGAAUUUGGAGAGUGUGUUGGCGGAAUUUGGAGAGUGUUCUCUGUUCCCCUCAGCUGCCAGGUGCUUAGGAGGCAGUGGGAUGGAGAGGGAUGAGCAUGGGUCCUGGGCUCAGGUGGCCUGUGCCCCAACCCCCACUCUGCCUUUUACCUGCAAGUGACCACUGGCACCUUCUUCAGCUUGUCUGAGCUUCAGGCUCCUCACCUGUAAGAUGGGGCCGAUGAGAGCACUACCUGCAGAAUCGCAGAAUUGUUGAGAGGAUUCAUAAUUUAUGUGUUCAUACGUGUAAUGCAAUUAAAGUAAUGUCUGCCACUCUUCACUUGAUACCCAGGACUGUGUAAGAUAGAAUAUGCACGUCUUUUAUAUUCUCUAGUUAACCAUUUCUUUUACUUGCAGUCUUUGGUUCCUAUAAGAAAAGAAAUGUGUGGAAUAUAUAUUUGUAUAUUCAUGUCAACACAGUAUUUAAAAUAAUUGCUAUCACCCUCAUUUAAUUCAGCAUAAGACUAACAGACGAAAGUCUCUAAAUUGCUUUAAGAUGUCUGUCAAAAUACCGACUGCUCUAUAUUUCUUUAGAGAAAGUUUAUAGUUAUUAAUGUGGAUAGCUCUGGUCAUAUUUCAUUCUUAAGUCUUUAAUGAGUCCCUUUAUGUCCUUUUACUUUAGAUUCAUGACAGUUAAUUAGUACUAACUGAUUUGGAGGUUUCCUUUCUCAUCAUUUGGAAUGAUGUAAAGAAAUCAGAUGCAAACUAUUGCAAUUAGAAAAUAAAAUAUGAAAUAACUUU